AUGGCGGUUGACUUUCGUGACCCUGCCAGCGGGUUCCGUCACAGUGAAGUAAUCAGUUUUAACAACAAUGAAAUCCUCACGAAUGGGGGUGGCCAAGAUUUCUAUGUGGCCUUCCGCUCGCAGCCCUGGAAAGAGGUAGAGGACCGGCUUCUGACCAUCCUAGUUGACCAGCAGUUGCCUUGCACCAUUAAGAGGUCCUGUGCCUGGAGCGCACUGGCUUUGGGUGUGCGUGCGGCCUCUGGGCAGCAGGAGCAGCAGGCACGCCUAGUCCAGUGGCUGUGGGAGCAGGUAUAAGAGCGUGAGGCAGCCGCCCUAGUUCUGGCCUCUGAGCUGCAGCAGCUGCGUGAAGAGCAUGACCAGAUGACCACACAGCUGAACCGCACAGGGGCCACCCUGCAGAAAGUGCUAUUUGUGCAUGAUGUGCUUCGUGGGCAGCUGUUCCAGUUAGAAAGGUCAGCCCAGUUUGCCCCACUGACCCAUGAAACAUUGCCUGGGUCUCCACCUGAGCAGCUCGGGGCCACAGCAGGGCCCCUGAUUGCAGGGCAGCAGAUAGAUACCAUGGCUAUGGGGAUGCACACAAGGCUGUUUAGUGAGGUCCAGAUACCAGCCCCAGCAGAUGCUCUCAAUGUGCCAGGAUCCCUGAAUCCCUGGGCUCAGGCUAUGCAACCCCCUUUGCCAAUGGGGGUUCCAAAUGCAGUUCCAUUCUAUGCACUGAUCCCAGUGGCAGUCUCAUUCUUGCCAUCUCUACCACCAGCAAGAGCUGCAGUAAGGCCACUGCAGAUGCCUCCUCUGGGGAUCUCCCCCUCUGGCCCAAGGGCUUCAGAAGGCUUCCAGGAGGAGAUUGCCCCAUUGUGUUACCAGAGGAGCUAUAUGCAGGAGGAAGGUUGUAGGAACAUCCAGUAUAUAGUCCCCCUGGAAAAUAUUAGAAACCUUAGCUACAAUGAAAAUCUACAGAGGUCCCAGGGAAUGGCCCCCCUCAUGGAGAGCGUUAGCCUGGAGACAGGUACAGAAAACCCCCAGGAGAUGAUUACCCUGGGUGCGGGCAGUAGCCAAAGCCAAGAAGAAGGUCCACAGAAGCCCCAGGUGACCUCCCUGGGGGACAGCUGGAGCUUUGGUAUGAGAGAAAACCAGAAGAAUCAGCAGCCUCUGGGACAGAAUGAGCCAAAAGGGAAAAAAGCCUCAGAUUCCCAGUGCCAAGAGAAGUUGGCCUCAGGCAGCAGUCCAGGGAACUGGGACUGCCAACGGUGUAAAGCCUGCUAUAAAUGCAGGAAAGUCCGUAGGCCAUUUGAGAGUGGAGGCCUGGACCCUGGAAAAACUCACUAA